GAGGUGGUAGCAGGACAGGCGAUACUGACGACUGGAGGGAGCUGGUCGCACAACGGCAUCCUGCUCAAGGUGGAAGGCAUAGUCAACCUGCAUCUAAGCGCCAAUGCCGUCGGUCUGUUCGAGGCGUUCUCCAGCACCAUCAAGCCCUUGCAGCUCAUGGCGCUCAGCAAGGAGGUGCAGCCGGCGGGGAAGCUGGCGGAAGGGAAGAUCGCCAUCCCCUUCGAGUUCAAGUUGCAGCAGACGGGGACGCGGCCGCUGCUCGAUACCUACCAUGGCGUCUACAUUUCCGUGCAGUACAACCUGACGGUCGAGAUGCUCAAGAGCGGCAUGUUCGGGCAGAACCUGAUGGAGACAACCGAGUUCAUCGUCGAAGAGAACAUGCCGAGCAAGAGCCCGAAAGAGUUCACAAUGUCAUCUGAGAACAUCAAGAAGUCGCGGGGUACGAGGGAGCAAGGACACACGUUCAACAUCCGUUGCCGUCUUGACAGCACAACCAUGCCGGUCACGCAGCCAUUGAGCGGGAAGAUCAUGGUGGAGGAGACGAACCGUCCUGUCAAGAGCAUCAACCUCCAGCUCAUCCGCGUUGAGACGAUCAACGGUUGCGAAGGGAGCAUGAAGGAAGCUUCGGAAGUUCAGAACGUUCAGUUAGGCGUCGGCAAUGUGAAGACUGGGGUUGACAUCCCCGUACAUGUGAUACUUCCUCGCUUGUUCACCUCUCCGACAAUCCAUCAGACCUCUUUCCAGCUUGACUUCGAGGCGAAUGUUGUCGUCGAGUUUGAGAACGACUUCUCAGUGAUAGAGAACGUUCCUCUCACCUUCUACAGGCUCUGA